AUUAAGUGUUUUGCAGUGAAGGACGAAAAGGUUAGACAUUGCCAUCUCUGUUCUAUCAAAUUCAGAUCUUCCUUUUUCAGGUUUGAUAUUCUGUUUCUCAAGAUGGCUGAUAAGGUAGCAGAAAGGGCCAAUAAGAAAAUAUAUGGACUUGUGUAUUCUAGGGCAAGCAGUGGCAGAGGCAAACCAAAUGAGAUAGCCAGGGAUGAUGACCUAAUUAUAGGGAGUCUGCCGAAAGAAAUGAUGAUGAAGCUUGUUAGAGGAAGAUCUAACAGUGUUAGAUACAGAGCAAAAGAAAGCUUGACAGAAAAUUGUAUUGAAAAUUUUAAGGGAAAAGAAAGUACAGAAAUGAUAACUAUGAAAGGAAAUUCCAAGGCAGAGUGCUCUAAACAGGAGGAGAGUCAGACCAGUGAAGGGGCUCCCAUCGGCAAUGGACAGGUAGAGGUAGACAACACUGUCCAGAAAGAUGACAACAAGAACACAGACACUCCAAUGAAGCAGAAGAGGGGUGCAGAUGGAGAAAUAGUUCAUGCAUAUUUCUCAUCUUCAGAGAAAAGUUUGUCUAGGCUUCGUCCUAGGAAAGAGGUACCUGCUUUCCGCAUGGUUAAUCUGGAGGAGAGUGACAAUGAAUUUGUAGUUGGUAAAAGAGUCAAGAUCUACUGGUCAGGUUCACGCAGAUGGUUCAUUGGACGCAUUGUUGCUUUUGAUAACAAGAAUAGGCUGCAUAGGAUUCUGUAUGAAGAUGGUGAUAAAGAGGUGUUGGACUUAAGGAAAGAACGUUUUGAACUUGAGGUAAUGCCAACUGACAAUUUAAAGUUGAAAAGUGAACCCCAUUCUGCUGGAAAAGCUGAUGGAUUGGAUAGUGGCAAUGUUAGAGAAGCUGUGAUGAAACAGAACUCAACAGAUCUUACUAGUGCAAAAACAAUGACAAAGAGUUCAGAGUCCACGAAGAAAAAAGGAGCAAAGAAAGAGGGCAAAAGGACAAGCCGCAAAACAUACAAGAAGGGCACUGAAGUUACCAUGGAGGAUUUGGUCUCCAAUGUGGCUGUGAUCCCAGAGAAAGUUGGUGAAGUAGUAACUAAUAAGGCCAGUGACAUGGAAAAACCUGGUCAGGCAAGUCCUGAAGAAGAUGAAUCUAAUUUCAUUUCAGAAGUUGUCAAAGAAGCUGCUGAGGAGUUUAAAGCAGAAACAACUGUAGGUAAGUCUCAUUCUGAGUUCUGGAGUGUGGGAUCAGACAACAGUAGGAUUAAAGAAAGCGGGAAAGCUGUGGAAGAUGACUCCUUAAAUAUCAGCAUCGCAGAAUUAGCAAAAAAGCCAAAGGGUUCAAGGAAAAGACUUAUGCCUAGAGCUAAAAGGAUGAGGGUCAACAAAGCUUUAACUAGAGAAUUUGGCAAUGUUUUGGAGAAGCUGGAGGCAGAUAUGAAGUCUCAUGUUCAGUGUGAUGAAGUAAAGACCACAGAAAUGGAUAUUGAUAUCAACAGUGAGGCAAUGGAAGUUAAUCUUCAGAACAUUAGCAGUGAAACACUUGGAAAGAAAGCAAGUGAAGGAGAUGAAACAUCAAAUGACGCUUCAUUUACUACACUGGAUCUCACUUCAAAGAACAAAACUGCUAAAGGACCUGGUGAUGUCAGUAGAAAUGCAGCUAAUGAGGUGGAAAACCUGACAAAGACAGAAAAUAGAACAGCUGAACAAGCUGUCAUUCCUAGUCUGUUCUUAAACCCUCAUGAUGUCAAAGAUGAGAGGGAGGUCCUGGCUGCUCAUCAAAUGGAAUUUGCUGCUUCCAUUAACAAGGGUGAAGAUGAAUUAAUAACCGGGAUCACCAGUGUUCAAAGAUUUGAACAUAUUGACAGCACGAAUACUAACCGUGAGACAGAAUCUAUCCUGGAAGCUGAGAGCAUGAAGCCCUGUGAAUCAUCUUACUGUCUGCAGCCUAUUGUAAGUCCAGAAGAACCAAAGCCAAAUGUUUUGCAGGCAAAAGUCAAAUUGGAGAAUAGUGAAUCUGAUAAAGAAUCCAAAGAAGGCACGGACUUCAUCAGUGUGAGAAAUGAAAGCUAUUCUAGCAAGGAAAGCCAAAGCAAUAAUGGUGCUGCAAGCUGAAGUAGUCCUGGACAAUCUGCAGUUUAAACAAAGUACGUGUGUUUUUUAGGCCUAAAGGUUAUUGAAGUAGGUGGGCAUCUAUAUCCUUUGGCUUGGCAUUGUUUUUCUUUAAGCAUGUGUCAUUUACUUUGUUCAUCGCACAUCUUCAAAUUCUACUUGUGUUAUUUGGACUCCGUAGAAAAGACUUAUAUGUUCCUAACUGAUUCUCUUUCUGCAGGUGGUAAUUGAUUCUGAGAACAAAGUUGUGUUUGCACUUGUAAUUGGUUUGUGUAUCAGCUGUUAAUGCAAUUACAUAUGUGAAUGUGUUAUAAAAGAAUUUCUUUCUAUCUUUUCUGCCUUUUUCUUCCUCUGCAAACAUCUAUGUUAUGUUAUUCAUAAAGAUUUUGAUGAAAUAAGAUAAUCCUUCAGGCCACUAAAAUGCGAAUAUCUAAUUAUUCCCUUGGAGAAGUAAAAUAAAUCAAGAUUUUUGUAUUGACCAUUAAUGCUUAUGAGUUCUUGUCUUUGGUAGGGAUUGCUAAUGAUUUCCCUAGUAUCUUGACCACAGGUCACUAUUCUGCAAUUAUCUUGUACGUAUUUUGGUAAAUCAACCUACACGUUUCAUCCAAUGUCAAUUUUGAAAAUUUGUAUUGUUUAAUUUUUGCAGGUAAAUAUAUAUUGACAGACAUAUGAAGGGGUUUUUGGAUGCCAUGAACACUGGAUUAUCAAGAUUCAGCAAUGUUGGCAAGCCAGCAACUUCUCAUGGAAAUAGGAGGCUUAGCUGAGAUGUGCAUAGAGAUGGUGACUUGAUAGGGAGACAAAGAAACGGGUAGGCUAACUUGGUAAUUCUGAAGUUAAGACACAGAAAUGGGUAGAACAACAAGACAAUACCAAAGUCGAGUAGCUUCUUGGGAAAAAAAUAUGGUUAUUUUUGUCUGUUCGAGAAAAGAUGAAACCAUACUAUCUUCACCAGUCAUUACCUGGUGCAUGUUCUAUAUUAACUAUGUUACUUCAUGAAUGAGGUUUAUAUGUUGAAUGAUUUCAGCGCUCUUAUUACCCAUGACCUCUGUUGGUAUCUUGUUAGAUGUAAUGGGUGAAUGGGUAUUCUCUCCAAAGCUGUUAUAACAAUUAUUGAUAGAUGUUUCUGAAACGUUUGAUCUGGUGGGUUAAUGGCAAUUCUCUCAGCAGCUGUUAGCCUGCUAAAAUCAUAUUGAUUUUUCUGAGGAAUUUAGGAUGUGGGUUGCAUCUUCAGCAAUGAAGUUAUCAGUUUAAUUUAUAGCCAACAAAACUGAGUGGUACCUCUUCUAUGCCCGCUCCUGCUUUCCAGUGGGAUACAAGUCCCACCAAAAGCCCCACAGAAUCUUCCUUGUCCUUUCACUCAUUGAAGGGGCACUGUCCUAUUCAAAGCAUUGUGUUGGUGUACUCAAAAGGUAACUCCGAACCAAAACUCAAUGAAUUGCCAGAGUUUUCUCACCUGACCUUUAAACGUGGAAGAAAUUUUCUGCGAUGACAAAUUGCAGCACUCAGUCAAUCUGGAAUCUGAAACAAUUCCAGGUGGUCUAACAUUUCUUCAUGGGAUUUCUCACCCUUUUGGC